AUGGGGCAGGGCUCGGCGCGGCUCAGCCGCUCCGGCGUUCCGCGGGCGGCCGGCGGCGUCUGCGCGGCGGACGGGCAGCGCGCGGGGUCCUUCUCCGGCGCCCCCGCGGCGCUGCUGGCGGCGCUCAUGGGGCUGCUGGUGCUGGUCACGGUGCUGGGCAACGCUCUCGUCAUCCUGGCGUUCGUGGUGGACCGGCGCCUCCGCACCCAGGGCGACUUCUUCUUCCUCAACUUGGCCGUCGCCGACCUCCUGGUGGGUGAGUGCCGGGGCGGCGGAGGGCCGGGGGAGCGCGGGGCGCCGCGCGAGUCACCACCGGCUGUGUCCGCAGGCGGCUUCUGCAUCCCGCUCUACAUCCCCUACGUGCUGACGGGCGAGUGGAGGCUCGGCCGGGGCUUGUGCAAGCUGUGGCUGGUGGUGGACUACCUGGUGUGCACCGCCUCCGUCUUCAACAUCGUCCUUAUCAGCUUCGACAGGUUCAUCUCCGUCACCAAGGCGGUGAGUUACAGAGCACAGAAAGGGAAGACCAGAAACGCAAUACUGAAGAUGAUCACUGUAUGGAUCGCUGCUUUUCUUCUCUAUGGUCCAGCCAUUCUCAGCUGGGAGUACAUUGCCCAGAAGAGCAUCCUUCCAGAAGGAGAAUGUCAUGCAGAAUUCUUCUACAACUGGUAUUUCCUAAUGAUUGCUUCUACCAUUGAAUUCUUUACACCCUUCAUCACUGUUACAUACUUCAACUUAAGCAUUUACCUCAAUAUUAGGAAACGCAUAUCCCUUAGAAAUGAAAACUUAUCUCCUGGCCAAGAGGACUGUGAAAUGAGUUUCCGAGAGAAAAAAAGACAACACACCAUAUUUUUUGUAAAACCUGCUAACAGACAAAAACACAAGACAACAAAAGCAAGCAGCCUUUCUCCCCUGCAGAAGGCUUCAAGGCUCAGCCUAUGUAAAUUUGACAGUCAGUCAUUAAAUCUGAAUGUCAAUCAAGACCUUACACCACUUCAGAUGAAUGUAGAGACCAACCCUCAUAGGAACAGUUUCUAUAAAACUACAGAAGAUGCAGGCGACACCACCACGAGAGCAGACACUGCUAUGACAAACAGAUUUAGACUUACUCGAGAUAAAAGAGUAGCAAAGUCUUUAGCAAUUAUUGUCAGUGUGUUUGGUUUGUGCUGGGCACCUUAUACACUUUUAAUGAUCAUCAGAGCAGCUUGCCAUGGGCAGCGUGUGUUACAUUCACUUUAUGAGACUUCAUUUUGGCUUCUGUGGGUAAAUUCAGCCAUUAAUCCUAUUCUCUAUCCACUAUGCCACAUGAGCUUCAGGAAAGCCUUUAUCAAACUCCUGUGCCCAGGAAAAGUUAAAAUUCAUCCUCAUAUUUUUACGUAAAAUAACCUGUGAAAUUUGUCAGUAGGUACACCUUGCUUUCAGUGGGAACACAAACUGACCAAUACUCAUCUGUAAAUAGUAAAUGCACUGUGCACUGAAUAUUUAAGGGAACACUGAUGAGUAAUAUUCAGGAAUCUUUACAAUACAGUCAUCUGCGUAACUGAAGAAAUAGCUAUCAGUGAAAACAAAGGUAAUUUCUCAAAUUUGUUUGGGGAUUGCCUACAGUAUAUUUUCUGGUGAUGAUGCACUAGCACUGAAGAGACAAAAAGGGAAUACAAAUUUCAUAUCCAACAACUGGGGAACAUCUCACUAUUAAUAUGUCUAAGUGAUACUAGUAAGAAAUUUAAUUGUUAGUUUGGAUUUGUUAUAUUUUACCCCCAGCCACUCUGUAAGGACUUCAGGUCUUAGCUGCUAAGCAUUUUGGGGAGGAAAUCCCCAAUCCCUAUCCAACUAAUGGUACCCAGGAAAAGCCUGGAACAAGAGGUACCAGAACAGUUAGGGUACCAGAAAAGCUGAACAACUAUACCAAUAAAGGAACACUGACUUAGCUAGAAAAGGCGAUUUGUUUCCACCUUCAUUAGCAUCUUCUACAGUUUUACAGACACUUAAUUCUGAGAACAAUUCAUAGCUAUUGAACAUCCACAGUCACCCAGUGCCACAGCCAAAAAGCAUCUUAGCACAGCUGAUCUUAAAGUUCACAAAUUAUGAAGUUCAUUUUGUAAAGUGUCAAUAAAAGUAAUUACAAACUGUGAAAGAGUUACAACUGUCAUCUUAACCAGGAGCACAAGGAAAUAAGCACUGGUUUGCAACAUUAGAAUAACUGCAGCUGAAGCCACAAAACUAUUAUUAAGAAGUAAUUCCUGAGUUACAAGUACAAGUUACCUUAAGAAUUAAACAUACUUUCACAAAUAUUCUAGAAUAAGAGGGCAUAUUCCAACCAUAUGAAUGUAACUACAUGAACAUAAUAAUCACAUUUUACUAUUAAUGCUUCAUAACAAAGAAUCUGCUUUAACUUUUUUCUUAAACAAGGGACAGCAUCAACAGAUACUGAGUAAUGGUAUUCAAAAGAUUUUUUGUUUUGUUCUGUUUGGGUUUUUUUUUUUUUUACUUACACAACGCAAAUGAUGCCGUGAGAUUCCCUCUAUUCCUCCUCCACACCAGCAGAGCAACAACCUAAUUCUUAUCUUCUCUGUAAUUCUCAGGUUUCCUAGGAUUAUAUUCGUCAUUUUCAAAAACAAGCAGUGACACUAAAUUAUUAGACAACCCAGCAAAGUCUGACUUCCUCAUCCAAUAAAGCCUAUGCCAUUUGAAUAGCAGUGACCAACUCAAGGAGCGAGGAAGUUUAGUCGGUAGCUUUAGAACGCUGCAGUCAGUUAAGGUAAAGAAACAAGGUUUCAAAGUUUUUAGCAAAUGGUAUUAAUCUACAACUAGAUCAGUCUUCACAUAACCAUUGGAAAUUGCUCUACCACUCAAAUUUCUACAGCUUCAUCAUUUAAUUGCCACGUAUCUGUUUAGCACAGACCUAGACUCUAGUAGGAUUCUCCACCACUCUCAAGUCUGAAAAGCACUCCGAAGUGUUAACAGGCACCUUUCAGCAGAAAUUGAUUUUGGAUGACAGUUUUCUACAUCAGGACAGCUAGCACCCUCCUUAGUUGGUCCAGGUUAACCAUGCCUUUGUUUUUUUGUCCCUUCAAAGCAGAAGUCCCUUUGCUUUUAUCAGAAGGUAGUACUAGGUUCAAACAGUGGGCUCUGAACAGACAAAACAACAGGUGUUAAUAGCAAUUUUAUUGUUUCACUGGUGCAAAAAUCAUGAUAAUGAAUAAACUGGUGUAAUGCAUUUUCCCCUAAAUUUACAGUAAUGAAGGUUAUACAUAUCUAUAUAGAUUGCAAUUUCUCUAUUUUUAUACUAUUUGGAACAAAAUUAUCUUGAUAAAUACUCCCUGUGCACGGUACUGGCUCUCGCUGAAUGUCACAGAGCCUUAAUAUGCAAAAUAUAACUUCUGUUUUUGAACAUGGUAUUUUAAAACUCUCCAAACAUGCAUUAAUAUAUUCUAGUUUUUAGGGAAAAACAUUACACUUAGUCUUAACUUGCAUUAAAAGAAAAGCACAAGCAGAACCUGACAUACAAUAAUCCCAAAAAUCUGAUGCUCUGUAAGGAUCACAGUUUCAGAUGACAGUCACUGCCAGUUUAGAACUCUAGUGCCACAGAAGCAACAGCAAACAGACAAGAGAAGUCAAAAACAGAAGAGCCCUACCAUGUCACAUAGAUUCCAAAGAAAGAUUCAGCCAUGCUAACUGAGGAAACCUGUAGUUGCUGGUCCAACCUUUCAAAUUCGUUAGAGUACUUAACACAAGUGUUUCAAGUGCCAGACUGAGCACAUGAAUAUUAACUUGACAUUUCUGAAAGGCACAAUCUAUGAAUCUAUCUUAAAAAAAAA